GUUAUGAUGGUGCUGAGUAGGGUGUGAGAGGCAGUGGGGGGCUGCGGGCUCUGGGAUGGCGGAGCAGAGGCGAAGGUUGGUGCGGCUGGCGGUGCUGGAGGAUCUGCGGACCUCUUACGGAAUUAAGGUGAAGAGUGGAAGCUGCCUGGAGGCGGCCGUGCAGCCCAGAGGGGCGGCUGCGGAGGGUAAAAUCUUUGGAAUAUCUUUUCAUGUGUUACCGCAAUCACUUGUGCCAGAAUAUGGUUAUAUUCCAAGCUUUCUUGUUGAUUCUUGUAAGUAUUUGGAAGAACAUGUUCAGACCGAGGGACUCUUCAGAAAGUCUGGAUCUCUUGCUCGUUUAAAAGCUUUAAAGAGUAAACUGGAUCAAGGUGAAAACUGCCUCUCAGCUGCACUGCCAUGUGAUGUUGCAGGGCUUCUUAAACAGUUCUUUAGAGAGCUGCCAGAACCCAUCCUUCCCCCUCACCUGCAGGAAGGCCUUUUCAAAGCUCAGCAGCUAGGAAAUGAGAAGAAAACUGCAACUAUGCUGCUGUCAUGUUUGAUGGCUGACAGAACAAUCCAAGCUUUGAGAUACUUUUUCAACUUUCUGAGAACUGUGUCCCUAAGAUCCAAAGAAAACAGAAUGGAUAGCAGUAACCUGGCAGUGAUUUUUGCUCCCAACCUCUUGCACUCAAAUGAAAAUGAAAAGAUGUCAGCCAGUACAGAAAAAAGAAUUCGCUUGCAAGCUGCUGUUGUGCAAACGCUUAUUGACCAUGCAUCUGAGAUCGGACAAGUACCAGAAUUCAUCUUGGAAAAGAUUCCUGCAAUGUUAGGUGUUGAUGCCUUUCAAUCUACUCCCUCACUGUGUGGCUAUGAAGAUGGUGAAAAUGAAUCUCCGAGUGAAUGCAAGAAGAGGAGGCACCAAAGUGUUGGGGAUAUUGUUAGUGGAGCAUUGAAUAAAUUUAAAUCUAACAGAACACCCUCCACUACACCACAACAAGAUAGAAGCGUCCUUUCAUCUGUGACUCCGGUGGUUCUUACUCCAAGUACCAAACGUAAGCUUCCAGCUGACUGCUCACAGGGCUUGUCCAGCAAGAAGAGACGAUCUUUAAAGCAUAGUUUUGCAUUUGAGUUGUUACCAAGUAGCAUUUUCACCAGCAGCUCAACACCAGCAUCAGUUCAUUUUGAAGCAAGCCCAUGCGUGUGUCUUGAGUCAUCACAAAUCUCACUGUCUCCUUCAACUGCUGGUGAAAAUCAUCUGUCUAGUACAGGGAACAGAAGAAGUAAAAGACAUGCAAGCAAAAAAUUAUACAGAAUAAAAGUGGCUGCCAGAAUGACACCUGCCUUGCUUUGUAACACGGUAUUUCUGCUGGCAUUUGGAUUGGCUUCAGCUUUUAGCCACAGCCCUAGGACUCCUGACAGAGUUUCUGAAGCAGAUAUCCAGAGGCUGCUCCAUGGUGUUAUGGAGCAACUGGGCAUUGCCAGACCCCGGGUAGAAUAUCCAGCACACCAGGCUAUGAAUCUGGUUGGUCCACAGAGCAUUGAAGGUGGUGCACAUGAGGGUCUCCAGCACUUGGGUCCUUAUGGCAAUAUCCCAAACAUUGUGGCUGAGCUGACAGGAGAUAAUGUACCAAAGGAUUUCAGUGAAGACCAAGGAUAUCCUGACCCUCCAAAUCCCUGCCCUAUUGGAAAAACAGUUGAUGAUGGGUGUCUAGAAAACACCCCAGACACAGCAGAGUUCAGCAGAGAAUACCAGCUGCACCAACACCUUUUUGAUCCAGAGCAUGACUAUCCCAACAUGGGCAAGUGGAGCAAGAACUUACUCUUUGAGAAGAUUAAUGGUGGUCCAAAAAGAAGAAAGCGGAGUGUGAACCCAUAUCUGCAAGGACAGCGACUGGAUAAUGUUGUAGCAAAGAAGUCUGUUCCACAGUUUUCAGAUGAAGACAAGGGUCCUGAAUAAGUACCAUAAAAAUGAAUGAUGAAAACUCAUGCCAUCCUCUGCUAGAACAUAAUAUUGCUUAUAUAUAAUCAUCUAUUAAAAUCCUUGUGAAUGGCAGCAUGUUUAUUAUUUAUGUAAUUGUAGAUGAAAAACAGCUGUAUUUAUAACAGUAUGUUCUCCUAGAUAACAAAAAUAUGGUUCUGCUUUUUGUUAAUUUACGGUAAAAGGACAUUUCUGUUGUUUUUAUUUUAGUCAUGGAGCAAACUUUAAAAAUGUUAGUCAUUUUAAUAGCUAACGUGAGGUAAAUGGUCUUAAUGAGCAGCUUGUAAAUAGGAAGAUGUAAAAAAAUGCCCAGUCUGACUCCAACAUUUAAUCUUAAAUGUUACGAUGUUUGACACAGGAAAAUUAUAGUUUUAUGUUUUGUUCACAAAUAUUGUUACUUAGCAAAGGCAAAGUAUUUAUUUUACCCAGAGAAUUUUGGCUUUUGGUCCAUUUUAAUAAACAUUUAAGCAAUCUACAAGGUUUGCAAAGUGACAUUUUCCAAAAUAUUUCAGAGGCUCAUUUGUCUCUGUUAUUGCUGUGCAAAUUUAAAAAUUAAAGAACAGCUUUUUGACUCUACCCACUAGAAUAUUUUUCUGUUAGUUUUAAUCGUUCCAUGUCCACGACUUUCCUGAGCACUUGCACAUCUUUCUUCCUUAUCAAUGGUACUGUUGUGUGGAAAUUGAUCUCCCCCUCAGUUCUUUGUUGUAGUAACACCAGCAUUUGUGCACUAUAGCAUUCUUAAAUUGUGUCCUUGGGAUAUCUUAAGUGAAGAUGGAGACACUUGUUGACGCAACCUUAUUAACACAAACAUCUUCUGAACCAGAAUCCAGGAUAUGAAGGUCAUUACAGUCGAUGAUCUUCUGAAAAAAAUGUGAUACGCUAAUCACUGGUAGCUAUCCCUGCUUGUGAAGUUGCUCUGGGAACCUUAAAUUGCUUUUUUGCCCCUUGGAGGCUGAAGAACUUUUAUAUUCCAGAAAACUGAGUUCUCCCUUUCUGAAAGACGAGAAUAUGAAAUGACCUAAAAUGUUGUUGUUUUCAGGGUGCAUAUGAAAUAUUUGAAGCCGUGUGCAUAGGGCACUGAAUUUGUGGAAAACAGUAUUCGCUUACAGCUCUGAACUUCAAAUCUACGGGGGAAAAAAUGUAGUUUCCUUCCCCGUCCUACAGACAGACACAGUAAAAUGACGAUGACUCCUUACAAAAAAACAGAUGAGAAACUAACAGAAACUCGACGUCCUAGCUACAUAAGAUUAAAGUUAACAGGAUGGCACAAAUAUGACUCUGUAUGGCAUCUGCUUUUUCUAUCCCAGCAUUUAGUAAUUUGUAAUAGAUUAGGUAUGCAGAGAAUAGCUCGUCUCACGUCAUUUAUGGGUAGAUUGCAAAACUCCGUAACAUUCUAGGCUGAACUAUCAUGUCUUUCAUCAUAUUUCCUCUUUAAAGAAGUUCUGGAAGAGAAAACUAAAUAGUAUCUAAUGCAGUGGGGUUUAUAUUCACACAUGACAGAAAAUUGAGGAGUUUAUGUCAAUCGUAGAGCUCCUUCUGCUUCCAGUGCCUAGAAUGGGAUGGGAGUAAUCCAGCUGUUCACACGAGAGAACUUGUACUUUCAGCUUCUUAAACUUACUCUUCUUAUUUGCACUCCUGCUUAGCCUUCACACAGGUUUUGAGAGUUACAGAGUUGCAAAGGUUGUCUCUAAAGCCAGGAAAAUCCCUACAUAUCUUGGCAUGAAUCAGAAAUUAGAAGCCACGGAUGCCCAGUGGCCCAGAAUCCAUAAAAUGGUCAUUCCUUCCACCUAGUCCCCCAGACAGUCCCUGGAUGCUGCCACAAGGCUUCCAGUUGGGCAGAGGCUUGACUUCCAUUCCUAAGAAACUGAUGUUUCUUCAGACAUUCAGCUGUCUUACCAAUCCUUUUAAAGUAAUCUGAGCUAUAUUCUGUCCUUAUUAGCUCCAGUAAAAUCAAUUUUAAUCACAAAAAUGAAGCAAUCAUGAAGGCAUUUUGUCUUUUAAACUCUCACUAAGGAUCAGCACACAGUGAACAGCAGGCUUAAAAAGGGAGGGACAAAGAAGUAUUGCUUGCUUAAUAGUAUCAGAAAUCCCAUGUCUGAUUUCUGAAAGCACUUCGGGUCACUACACCCCCUGGAUGGGGAUGUGAUAAUCCAGCACAGCAAACUGACCUCAACAGGGAUCCUGGUGGCUGCUGCGAUCCUGGCAGGACCUAAAGAGCUGCCCUUCUGUCUAUGACAGCUCUGCACAGAGCAGGCAAAGGGAAAAUGACACAAUUUAGAGACAUUUUUGUCUUUAAAACUCACACUGUACAACACAAUGAUGCGUCUUACAGGAACUGCCUGCUGAAGAAAUCAAACGCGUAGUGGUGAGCAGCCAUCUGCUGAGUCCAUCGGCAGCCUUGAGUGUUUCACCAGGAAGACUCAACAACACUAUUGUGAAGUUUUAAUAAAAUAUAGCUAUUACACCAUGAUAAUUAGAUUAAUUAUUAUCAUUUCAGUUUCAUAAUAGAGCUGCCUUUCUGUACUGGGAUUGCUAGUCCCAUAUUAAUUAAAAAAAAAAACCCAAACAAACAGACAAACAAAAAAAAAGGACCCACCAAGGUUGUCCCUCCUACUGCUCCAACAACAGUCCAAACAUGUAUAUAAAGAGAAUUUUUAUAGAGAAUCAGUGCUGUGAUGACCAGUGCUGGUCUUCCAGAAUCACUAAACAAAGAUACCAACUUGUUAACUUAUUAAUAACCCUUAUUAAGAGCUCACUCCACCAAACAAGUAUUUAUAAGAAUGUAAAUGGCUGCUCAGCUUUUACAGGUGCAACCACGCUCUUACACUUAUGAUGCAUGUGAAUUAAGGAGCAUGUAUAUUGCUAUUGUGUUUAGAAUUUUCACUAAAUUAAAACCUUUUUAGAUUAUUUUAAAGUCUGCAAGUGUGUUAAUUGCCUCUAACGUAAUUGAGACACAAUGUGCUUGAACGAACCUAUGCAAAAUAAAGUGUAUUGCCCUGCAACAUUGAUUUUGUCUGGUAAAGAAAUAUUUAUGACCCUAGUUUCAAUAAAAAAAUACUAUGCAACU